AUGGCCCCCUCCACAAUGAAAGCUAUCAAGAUCAUCGAGGGCAACAAAGCCGAACUCCAAGACGUCCCCAUUCCAAAGCUUAGAGACGACUACGUGCUCUGCAAGGUGACUUGUGUGGCGUUGAAUCCGACGGAUUGGAAACAUAUUGCCAGAGACACGGGGAAGCCGGGAUGUACUGUUGGGGUGGAUUUCAGUGGUGUAAUUGAGGACAUCGGGCCUAAGGUUACGAAGAAGUGGCAGAAAGGGGAUAGAGUCUGUGGGUUUGUACACGGAGGAAAUGAAACUCAGCCUGAGGAUGAUGCGUCAACACUGGGCACAGGCGUUAUCACUUGCGGCCAAUCGAUGUAUCAAAAUCUAGGACUUCCCGAGCCAGGCAACGGAAAGGACAAUGGCUUCUUCCUGGUGUACGGUGGCAGCACAGCAACAGGGACUCUAGCAGUCCAAUACGCCGUUCUCUCCGGCUACAGAGUCAUUACCACUGCCUCCGAGCACAACCACUCCCUCCUCAAAGCGCUCGGGGCCGAAGAAGUCUUUGACUACAAAGACCCCUCCUGCGGCGAAAAAAUCCAUUCCUACACGAACGACAGCCUAACCCUGGCGCUCGACUGCAUCGCCGAAGGCGACUCCCCCUCCAUCUGCUGCGCCGCCAUCUCCUCCAAGGGCGGCUCCAUUAACUACCUUCUCGUAACUCCGCACCCUCGCACGGAUGUCGAGAACAAGUACGCAGCAGGCUACACAGUCGUUGGCGAGGCGUUCGACAAGAUGGGAAGACAUUGGGAAGCUCAACCAGAGGACUUUGAGUAUGCAAAAAGGUUCUUUGAGCUAACGCAUAGGUUGGUGGAUGCGGGACAGCUGGCUGUGCACCCGAAGACCGUCUGUGGGCAUGGGUUGAUAGGGGUUUUUGAUGGGUUGGAGAAGUUGAUGGAGGGGAAGGUCAGUGGGAAGAAGUUGGUUUAUCGCGUGGAGGAGACGCCGAAGGAUCGGAAGGCUUGA